UCCUUUAAAAAUAGAAGCAGAUAAACCCUCUCUCCAAGUGCAAGGAAAACGAGAGCAAUUAAGAAAUAAUGCCAGAAUCGUACUGCGUGAAGGAGAGUAAACCCUGUGUGGGUUGGGUUGAGAAAUACUUGGAUGAUUGUCUCUGCAAUUUGAAAGAUAAAAUCUCCUUUGGCUUUGGCUUCAUAAGUCUCGUAUGUUGGGGAGUAGCAGAAAUUCCUCAGAUAAUAACCAACUUUCGCGCUAAGUCCAGCCAUGGUGUCUCCUUAGCCUUUCUCCUCACUUGGGUCGCUGGCGACAUAUUCAACCUCCUUGGUUGCCAUCUGGAGCCAGCCACGUUGCCAACCCAGUACUACACAGCUCUGCUUUACACAAUCACUACGAUCGUGUUAGUACUUCAAAGUUUCUAUUAUGACUACAUCUAUAAAUGGGGCAAGCCUCUUCGGAAGAUUAACAUCGAUGAGGCUCAUGAAGAAGAAGAGAAAAAACCUUUGAGACAGAAACCAGGCCGCGACUCUGGGAUUCCAAUACAAAAUGACGGACCCAAAGAAACGCCUCGACGGGAUUACUACUAUAGGUCAGCGAGAUCUUUGGCUGCUAAUGAUACUCCACCAUUUGGUACCUACUUGAGAGCUGCUAAAAGUGUCCCUUCAGCCAUGGAAAUGAACAAUGAUUCAUCCUCAGAUGAUGAGGCACCUCCACUCUCUUCUACGAAGCCUGUAACACAGCCUAGACCAAUCCCCCGUUCUGUCCCUACAAGCUAUGGAACUUUUCUAGCAGCAUCUAUGAACUUGCCCCGGCAGGGUAAUGCUUUGAUGGAGGGAUACAAAAGAUUCAAUGGAAGAAAGCUACUCUCGCAGGAGCACAACAUGCACAGUGCUUUGGGUCAAUGGUUAGGAUGGCUCAUGGCUGUUAUCUAUAUGGGUGGCCGGCUUCCUCAAAUAUGGUUGAAUAUUAAAAGAGGGAGCGUGGAGGGCUUAAAUCCACUCAUGUUCAUCUUUGCAUUGAUCGCCAAUGCCACUUACGUGGGAAGUAUUCUUGUACGAACUAUCGAAUGGGAAAGCAUCAGAGCUAAUAUGCCAUGGCUUUUGGAUGCCAUUGUUUGCGUGGCAUUGGACCUAUUCGACUAUAAAGUUGGUAAACCUCAACAGUGGCAGAUAAUUUUGCAGUAUGCCAACUACAGAUACGUUCGGAAGAAAACAGGAAGUGAUGAUGCUGAUUAUGGAGACUACAAAGAAGCCAGCAAAACUUUUGUGUCUUGAUUUGUGGGACUGUAGCCGACACAUGUAGGUCUUCCCCAUUAUGAACCAAUAUUAUACUUCAAUUCCACCAUGACAUUCAGCUAUUAGUAAAGGUCUGGCUAGAAAAAUGAGGUGGACUAGUUAGGAAACGCUUCUAUAUAUUAGCGUCUUAAAAUGUGCUAUACGAUUACCAGCUAUCAAUGUAAUCAAGUUUAUGAAUUAUGAAUCGUUCACGGUUCUUACACCAGCUAUAUAUCAAAGUUAUAAAGUUUAUGAAUUAUCAACCGA